CUGAUGGAGAAAUUCAGCACUGAUGUUUUUACUGUAAGCUCCAAGGCUUUCUUCGAGCAGAAUCCAGUUGUGAAAAAGCCUGACACUGAAAUCCCAAAGCUGCAGGAUUUUCUGAAGAAUCAUAACAAGAGCAUAAACCGAGAACGGGCCAGAGAUUAUGUCAAUGAAGCCAAGGGAGUUUUGUCCUUGAUACAAAGUUUUCUACCAAGUACAGAUGAAGCAGUGGUUCAGAUAAAAGCCAAAUUCCAUGAUGACCUGCAGAAGAAUCUGAAUGAGGCACUAACGGAGCUGGAUUGUCAGUUUGAUAUCAUUCAAAAUAAUCUGGAUCAAUGUCUUUCAAAAGGUGUAUUACAGUCAGUGCAACAAUCUCUUGAGAAUGCAAAGACUGAAGUGAUUGAACGUGUAAGAGGAUAUCAUAAAAUCCUUAAACGUUUGUGCGUGAAUAAUGGCCAUUUUUGGUCAAAAUACUGGAAUGAGAUCAUAGAUCUCAACAAAUGUUUGGCCCAUCACAUGAAGGAAAACAUAUCUGAAGAGUUCUCUAUUAUUUUUUCUGUCAAUGAAAAAAAUGGAAAAUCAAUCCAAGAACAUCUUGAUAAAUUCAGCAUAAUCCAAAGCGACAAAACAUACCCCAGAUCUUCACUGUUUCAUCACAUUCAGAACUUCAUCAAAACUCAGGAAAUCAAACUGAAGGCAUCAUGCAACAGAAAAAUCCUUAGGAAAAAAAAGAAAAUGUACAACUUAAUUGAAAAAACUAUCCAGAAAAAAAUGUCUCCUUGCUAUGAAAGUUCCAAGAGGCAUUGUAAUCUUUUUCUUUUUACAUACUAUUUUAAUACAAUAUGUGAACCUGUGUUAGAGAAGCAGCUUUAG